ACAGAAGUUACAUUCAAAGUGCAAAAUGCAGUCGCCAAAACUAACAUCAUCUUCUAGCUUUUCCUGGUGCCGACCUGGAAAAUAACAGACAUAUCACCUGUAACUGCCACGGGUAUUAAAUCUUAUUCAAAUAUCAUAAUGUGACUAUCAAACGUUAACAAAGGGUUAUCGUUUCAUAUAUUUGCCUGCUAUAAAUGCCUACUUUGUGUAUUCUGCAAUUUAACUUGGUGGCGUUCAGGUAGCGGUAUCUAUUCGACAGAAAUAUAUCAACUCAAAAGUAUGGUGCUUUAUUUCGAUGGCUGCUUUUAUAACAAAGGAAAUUUAUUUCAAUACGUUGCAACUAUUGCCGGUGCCUUUUCGGUAAUGAGCUCAGGGAUCAAUCUCGGAUGGACCUCGCCAUACCUGCCCAAAUUGAUGUCUCCAGCCUCCCACAUCCCUAUAACAAGCGAAGAGGGGUCCUGGUGUGCAGUGGCCCCGUUGGUAGGGGCACCUCCCGGGGCAGUCAUAGCAGCCUUUUUUGCAGAUAGAAUCGGAAGAAAGAGGACCACAUUGUUGAUGGCACCGAUCACCUUUGCCUGUUUUGUUACAUUGGCCUUUGCAGCGGAUAUUUGGGUGAUCACGGGGUUAAGGUUGAUCAUAGGAGCAGUAGAAGGCGGAUUGUACACUGCCUUGCCUAUGUAUAUAGGGGAGAUAUCGGAUCCGAAGAUUCGGGGGUUUUUGACAGCUACCAUUGCCAUAUUUGGUAUAACAGGAACCCUCUUUAUCAACGUCAUUGGCUCCUUCACCGACAUCUUCAUGAGCAGUCUGGUGUGCUCCUGUAUUCCAAUCAUACACCUGAUCGCCUUUUCCAUAAUGCCCGAAUCUCCGUACUACUACAUCAAAAGAGGCAACUUAAAAGCAGCUAGGAAGUCCUUGGAGAUCCUUAGAGGAACCGUAGAUGUAGAUGGUGAGAUGGAGAGCCUCUCUAAAGCUGUUGUUAGACAAGAACGUACAGAGAAGACGGGAUACUUGGAUCUGUUCGCCGUACCAAGUAACAGAAAAGCAUUUUAUAUUUAUAUUAUACUUUGCUUGACCAACAAGUGGAGUGGAAAAAAUCCAUGCUUAUUCUAUACAGAAACUAUUUUCAAGGAAGCUGGAAGCAGUAUAGAUGCUACUUUAUCAGUUAUUAUCUAUUGCAGUGUGGAGCUUCUAGCUGUAGCCACUACUACUUUCUUUAUAGUAGAUAGAUUUGGCAAAAGACUUCUGCUCAUAUCUUCGACAUUGGGCUGUGCAAUUUCUGUAUUAUUCUUAGCUAUGCAUUUCUAUCUGAAGGAUUAUCAACCUCACUUAGAUGUGCAACUGGACUGGUUGCCUAUUACAGCGUUAGUUGCUUACAACAUUUUCUUCAGCAUAGGAUUGUCCUUUGGGCCAGUCGCUGUGCUUAGCGAGCUGUUUCCCACAAGCGUCAAAGCAAAAGCACUGUGUCUCGCUGAUUCAUUUUCAGUUACAAUGGGCACUCUAGUCUCAAAAUUUUUCCAAAUCACCAUGGAUACUACCGGCACGAUGAGUAUACCAUUCUUUUUCUUCUCUGGAUGUAGCUUUGUUGGUUUGAUUUUUAUCAUUAAGUACAUACCGGAGACUAAGGGGAAAACUUUAGAAGAAAUCCAGCAUUUCUUGAUAGGGAGCAAGGAAGAACGGGUGAAUGAAGUUAAAAUAGAUAAUUCAACUCGAUAGUUUUUUAUACAAAGCAACACUGGUUGUGGAGCCUCCAAAUUGUAAGACUGAUCGUAGCUUAAGUCUUUGUAAUAUAUCUUGGUUAUAAUGUCGGAAAGGAAGUGAGUUAUAAUGAUGCUAUCUACUAUGGACCCAUAGUUUCAGAACGGUGUACCUUGUUCAAAGCUGUAGCUUAGCUAUGUCUUGAAGUGUGGGACUUCUAUAACAUCUAAAAGACAUAGGUAAAAACUAAUAGAGAAAUGACUACCAAGUGCUAUGGAAAUAGUUGGUUAAGAGGUAAGAUAAAGUAUAGAGCUUGAUUCAAGGGUAUGUUGAGGGGACCCUUAGUCUGGUAGGUGUGUAGUAAAGACUAAGAAGAACGAAAUAUGCUAAAGCAGCAACCAACUGCCACACAUUGGUCGGUGAGGUUGAAUGAAGAGACCUUUGCUCACCUGUGUCAACGACAUUAUUGUGAACCUUAAAGAUAGUCGGUGAUCGUUUAUGGUACCGGCAUAUGACAAUGCACUUCUAGAAGCCAACCGCUUCUACCGAUUAAUAUUUAUAACCUGUCUUAGCCACUCCUAUAAAACAUUUUCAGACGUUUAGCAGGUCAUAACUCACAUCGUAUUAUGUCAAAUAUAUAUUUCCUAAUUCUAUACA